AUGGGUAAUCCAAAGGUAAAUGGAAUUCUAAAAAUAGAAAAUGUGGAAAUCACUGUGGAAGGACGAGAAGUAUGUAAGAGUCAGAGGAUAUUGGCUGCAGGGGUUUGCGGAAUCACUGGUCUUUAUAACACCCUCCGGGAUGCCCUGAUAGCUUCACUGACGAUUCCUGCAGUUCCCAGCACCGACCUGAGGCUUUGCGGCUCCAUUUCUUUUGGUGGAAGUCCCAUGAGCUAUAAAGAACUUCAGAAGAUGAUGAAUCCGUUUGUCAUGUUUUACUCCUGUGAGAGCGUCCAAAGCUCGCUGGAGUUUGUAAAUUUUUCUAAAGUCAAUAACAUGAUAGAUGCCUUUGAUUUGGAAAGCAUACGAAAAUCAGCUAUAUCCGGGCUAACUGUUUCCGAGUCCAGAAGGUGGGAGGCUGCGAUAAGUGUUGCCUCGGAAGCAAAAAUAAUUGUUCUCCGAGACUUUCAUAGUCCCUAUGAGACCACAAAAAAGUAUUUAUCGUUUCUUGGUGAAUAUGCAAGGAACACCGGAUGUCUUAUUUUAGUGGAGGUGGACUUUCCCUUAGAAUAUGGCCUGGAUGGUUGUAUCACCAUUGGGAGUGAUGGCUUCGAAUGCGCCAACUUUUAUAUAGAAGAGGAGGUUCGCAGAUACAGGAGAACGCUGUUUGAGAAUUUCUUGCGAGAGACCGAAGUAAAGCACGACAGCAAGAAGGGAAGAAAAGAAAACAUUUCCGAUGUGUCCGUUGGGGACUUUCUAGAUUCUCCACCAGAUGUGAGUGGGAGUUCUGGAGCUAUUGAGCAUACUUUGCUGGAGAACACAGCAAAUCUCAUUGCACCCUGCUGCCAAAAUGCUUCGGAAGUAGACAAAUACUCAGCGGCUCCUGGACUAGAUGCGUCCAGUGAUUCUGCAUACUUGGAUGUAGAUGCCUUUAAGGAUGAUGUGGUCGUCCACAAGAUUCAGAGCACCGGGCUUCUCCAGAGUCUAGAGCGUAAAGCUAUCUGGAAAGAGCCUAUGAAGAAUUGCUAUAUGAGCAGCUUGAAAGCGCUUUUUGCCCAGUACUUUUGCUCUGUGGAUAUCAGACUUUCUCUGCUACUAACAAGAAGAAAGUGUGUUCUUGAAGAGAGAAGAACUAAGGAUUUCAAGAAGUUCAUAGUCUCAUUUCUGAUGCAUGUAUAUCUAGCUAUUAUCCUGAAGUUUAAAGCAUCCAUAUUCAACGAUGCAGCCUUUGGAACUACUCUUACAUUUUCAGGUGCUUUCCAGAGCCUCUUAGAAGUGUUUAGAGAAUGGUCUGUCUUCGCAGAAAAACUCGUGAAGAAAAUACUCACUACUUCGAUCUGUACCGUGGCCAACGAUGCUCUGCAUAUUCCCAGCCUUUUUUUUACCUCGGCUGUCUCCAUCGGUAGAGAGACGAUGGUGUUUAUUGGGAAAAUAAGAUCUUACAACUGGGAUUUAGUGGACUACAAAAUCAUAUCAACGGGGAUAUAUUUUAUAAUCUUUACAAGGGGGGGAACCAUGGUCAAUGAAGAGAGGGCUCAGGUUCAUAGCCAGGUUAACAGGAUUUAUUCUCCUGGAACGUACUUUUUCCACAUUUUCAUCUAUCUGGUUCUGAAGACAUGGAUUCCUGUUCUUCUGGUCUCCUACAUUCUCAGUUUCAACUUUGCUCCAAUCUUCCUUAUAACAGGCACUUUCACCUGCUCCCUACUAAACUUGGUGCUGAAUCUGAAGCUCAAGUACAUGUUCAUGUGUAUUACUCUUGCAUUUAAUCUGCUGUAUCCCCUAGACGAGGAAAGUUUCCGGAAGAGCUUUUUCCUCCGGUACUCCGAGUCAUUCAACUUCCUGGUUGCAUGCAGGCAAUUUCCUCUAGCACCCUUAAGGGAAAGGUCUAUACUCCUAUACCGCCUUCUGAGAGCGUUUUUGUUUAUAUAUCUCUUUUUCUGCUACAGAUUUUCAAGAAUUCGCGCCUAG